UAUCAGCUUAUCAGUGCAGCUGGAUUUAGCGCAUCUGGAGAGGAUGAAGGUAUUUUGCGGAUGCCCCAAUUGAAAUUGAAAAGGGAUUCUUAUUGCUAUUGGACAUACAUCCACCUUUAGCUCUUAGAUCUGAGCCUGUCUUGUUUGCUGCAUCCCUGUCUCCAUGCUUUUGGAGGCAUUUUGAAUUUCCUUGGCAACAUGGAGCUGCUUGAAUUAGAAUUCUCUGCAUGACAGUCCUGGUUGACAGUAGGAUGGUCUCUGCUGAGGCAGGGGGGCACAGCUACUUAGUGGCGUGCUGGCAGCCCAUCCUCGUCCUGAUGUUGGGCACCGUCCUCUCUGGCUCAACCACCGGAUGCCCUUCCCGAUGUGACUGCAAUGCCCAAGAGCGCUCGGUCGUGUGCCAUCGAAGACGAUUGGCUACUUUCCCCGAAGGCAUCCCCACUGAAACAAAGCUCCUGGAUCUGAGCAAGAAUCGUCUAAAACUUCUUGGGCCAGAGGAAUUUAUCAACUACCCACAGCUGGAGGAGCUGCAGCUAAAUGAAAACACCAUUUCCUCCAUUGAGUCAGGGGCUUUUAGCAACCUCAUGAAUCUACGGAAUCUCGGGUUGCGCAACAACCAUCUGAAGCUCAUUCAGCUUGGGGUGUUCACAGGACUUAAUAACCUUACACAGCUGGAUAUUAGUGAGAAUAAAAUUGUCAUUCUGCUGGACUACAUGUUCCAGGAGCUCUACAACUUGAGGGUACUGGAAGUCGGUGACAAUGACCUCGUUUUCAUUUCACCACGAUCGUUUCAUGGCCUCAGCAAUCUUGAAACCCUCAACAUUGAGGGUUACAAGCUGUCUUCAGUGCCCACUGAUGCCCUGAGCCAUCUGCACAACCUGCUGUCACUUCGAUUACGGUAUCUGAACAUCACUGCCAUUAGGGAUUAUUCAUUUAAGCGGCUGUAUAGGCUCAGAGUUCUAGAAAUAUCACAGAUGCCUUCCCUGGAUACCAUGACCCCAAAAUGCUUGUUUGGAAUGAAUCUGACAUCUUUAGCAAUCACUAAUUGUAAUUUCACUUCCAUCCCUUACCAGGCUAUCAGCCACCUGAAUUAUUUACGAUUUCUAAAUCUGUCUUUUAAUCCCAUUCUUACUGUCGAAGGGAACCAAUUUCACAAUCUACAAAAGCUCCAGAUUUUUCAUUUGGCUGGUGGCAGAUUAAUUGCCAUUGAGCCAUACUCUUUCCGAGGACUAAAUCAUCUGCACAUUCUCAAUGUUUCUAGUAAUAGAUUGAGCACCCUGGAGGAGUCUGUCUUCCACUCGGUGGGUAAUUUGGAAACUCUGGCUUUGCAUGACAACCCUUUGGCCUGUGACUGUCGCUUGCUCUGGGUUUUCCGCCGGCGGUGGAGGUUAAACUUUAAUAGACAGCAGCCUAUCUGUUCGUCACCUGAUGUUGUGCAGGGAAAGGAGUUCAAGGACUUCCCAGAUAUCCUGCCUUCUGAUUAUUUCAUCUGCCAUAAAUCGAAGAUUGUGGAUAACAAGGUUCAAGAGAGCCAUGUGGAUGAAGGAACUACAGUCAGUUUUACUUGCCAAGCUGAGGGUGAGCCAGCCCCUGUCAUCAUGUGGCUCUCUCCUAAGAAAGAAUACAUCACCACCAAAACUGUGGGGACAAGACUUUCUGUGUCCGAUGACGGCAGACUAGAGGUUCGUUAUGCCCAAAUCCAAGACAACGGGACCUACUUGUGCAUUGCAAGCAAUGCAGCAGGCAAUGACACCAAAGUUGCUCAUCUUUUUGUGCAUAGCUACUCCCCUAAUUGGCCUCAUCAACCAAACAAGACAUUUGCCUUCAUUUCCAACCAACCCAGCGAUGAAGGUGCAAAUGUGACCCGGACCACAAUUCCAUUUCCAUUUGAUGUAAAGACACUAAUCAUUGCAACCACAAUGGGGUUCAUCUCAUUCCUUGGUGUUGUACUCUUCUGUCUUGUAAUUAUUUUCCUCUGGAGCAGAGGGAAGAACAACGCAAAACCAAGUAUAGAGGUUGAGUAUGUGCCACGUAAAGAAGAAGCAGAAGAGGCUAGUCCGGCAGAGACACCCAUACAAUUCAACAUGAAAAUCAUGUGAACCCUAAAAUGUGGUCAAACGGUGUAGAUUUAUGAACUCCAGUUGGGAUACACACUCUUUGCUUCAAAUGUUUAACGGUACUUGUGUGAUAGCAAUUACACAGCUGCAAAAGGAACUUGAUCCUACGUACUUACUAUUAUUUUUUUACGAAAAGAACAUGUUGCAUAACUGUAAACACUGUACUGGCAAUACUCUAGUAUGUUAACAUGCACACGUAUACUGUAUUGGAUGCCUGCCUGUAACCAAAUUAAGGUAAUUGUCAAUGAGAACCAAGUGAUACAAGUUCCCACAUAAAUUAACUAAAUAAAUAAUGAUGAUAGAGGAAUACUCUCCUCAUCAGCACAGACUAAGCAAACAUAAAUUAUCUUUCAGAUAUAUAAAGCCUAUUAAACACUGUUAUUGUUAGAUUAAAUGUCCCAUCACAAAAAUAAUAAUAUAAGGGCAUUAUUAUUAUUAUUAUUUUUUUAAAUAAAGCAAGUGACAUUUAAAUAUUUGAAGAAAGUCACAGACAGUGAAGUGGUACGUUCGCCUGGCUUUGGUGCAGGAAGUGUGUGUGCAGUUCCCACUAAGUGACAGUAUGGUUCUGAGUGAGAAUGGUUAUCUGUCUGUCUUGUGUGCGCUAGGACUGACCAGUGACCAGUUCAGGGUAUAGUCCGCCUUUCGCCCGAAGUCAGGUGGGAAAGGCACCAGCUCCCUGCAUCUCUCAACGGGAUAAGAAUUAGAUAUGAAUUAGAAAAUGGAUGGAUGGAUUGCUAUUUGAAGAGAUAAGUACACUAACUUUAUGUUUUUAUUGACAGCAGCAUAUCAUUCUGAUGAGCCCAUCUAACAACCAUGUGUAUUUGUUUAUUUGUACAUUGUCUGAAUUUUUCAACUGAUGACUGAAGAUGUAUCUGUAAACAAGCUAAAUGUUUUUAAAAUAUUGAAAUUUGUGUUACAUUUAUUCAUCUUUAAUGGUUAAGCAUGAUAAAUAAAAUGGUAAUUUUCCUUAAUCUGGUUACAUUGCAUGAUAAUAAAUAGUGUGCAUCUUAACACGCCAAGAAUGAUAUGAGUACAGUAUGUGAUAUUUUCUGCCAGCAGAGAAAAUAUAUCAGAUGUUUUGACAUGUUCUGAUAAAGGGUGUUUUUUUGUUUUUUUGUUUUCCUUUCUUACAGAUAUUCUUUCAUUGCAAUGGUUUUCAAGGAUGUGGAAUUUAAGCAUAUUAUAUAACUUCAAGAGCAGGUUAUGUAUUCAAGAAAUACAUUUGAUGUACCUUAUUCAAAAGAGAAAGCAAGCAUAUAAAUUCCCAAGAUUUUAUCAAAAAUCAGCAAAUGAGUAAGUAUAUAAUUAAUUUGAAAGCAAUUAUAAUUUAGUG